AUGGGGGCCGCUUCACCGCGCGCACGAAUACCCGCCCUCACGCGCGUCGCCUCUCCCUCCCCCCCCCCCCCCCCCGGCCGGCGGCGCGAGACAGGACGCCCCCCCCCCCGCGCCCCCUCCCUCCAGCACGCGCCUAAUUCCAAAAGGGCGCGCGCGCCGUCCCGGGGAGCCCCCAACCCGGGCGCGCGCGCCGAGCGGAGGGACUAUUUCUUCUCCCGGCCCCUCCGCGGAGGCGGCGGGGCCGCGCGGCAGGACGGCAAUGGCGGCGGGGAGAAGCCGGAGGUAGAAGGGGGGAGGGAGGGGGGAAAGCGAGUGGCUCCGGCGCGGCCUCCAAGUGGGGCCCCCCCCCCCCCGGUCAUGGCCGAACCUUCGCUCAGCCGCCGUUCCGUUCUUCUUCUUCUUCUUCUUCGUCCCUCGCGUUCCCCAUUCCUCACCCGUCUUCUCUGCUCUUGUUCCCCGCCGUCAGAGCUCUACUUCCUCAUCGCACGGUUCCUGUCGGCGGGGCCCUGUCGGAGGGCGACGCAGGCGCUGGUGCAGGAGUUGGAGCAGUACCAGCUGCUGCCCAAGAGGUUGGACUGGGAGGGCAACGAACAUGACAGGAGCUACGAGGAGUUGGUCUUGUCUAAUAAACAUGUGGCUCCAGAUCACUUGUUGCAAAUUUGCCAACGUAUUGGGCCUAUGCUGGAUAAAGAAAUUCCACCCAGCAUUUUGAAAGUCACCUCCUUACUUGGUGCAGGGAGACAGUCUCUGCUUCGAACAGCAAAAGAUUGCAGGAAUACUGUUUGGAAAGGCUCUGCCUUUGCUGCUCUUCAUAGAGGAAGACCUCCGGAAAUGCCCGUGAAUUACGGUUGUCCUCCAAGCCUUGUGGAGAUAAAUCGUGGGAAACAACUGACAGGAUAUGCAUCUUUUAGCACUGCAUUUCCAGGAAGUAUGUAUCAACACAUAAAAAUGCACAGGAGGAUUCUUGGCCAUCUUUCUGCUGUGUACUGUGUUGCGUUUGACAGGACAGGGCACAGAAUAUUUACUGGCUCGGAUGAUUGCUUGGUGAAGAUUUGGUGUACCUACAACGGCCGACUACUGUCCACAUUAAGAGGCCACUCAGCAGAAAUUUCUGACAUGGCAGUGAACUUUGAAAACACUAUGAUUGCUGCAGGAAGUUGUGAUAAAAUAAUCCGAGUAUGGUGCUUGAGAACUUGCGCGCCCGUUGCUGUGCUCCAGGGACACACUGGGUCAAUUACAUCUUUACAGUUUAGCCCAUUGGCCAAAGGUUCGGAAAGAUACAUGGUGUCCACGGGGGCAGACGGAACAGUUUGCUUUUGGCAGUGGGAUUUGGAUUCCAUGAAAUUCAGCAAUCGCCCUUUGAAGUUCACAGAAAAACCUAGACCUGGGGUGCAAAUGCUUUGUUCUUCAUUUAGUGUUGGUGGCAUGUUUUUAGCAACAGGAAGUACAGAUCAUGUAAUCAGGAUGUAUUUUUUUGGCUUUGAGACCCCUGAAAAAAUAGCAGAACUUGAAAGUCACACAGACAAAGUUGACAGCAUCCAAUUUUCCAACACCGGUGAUCGAUUCUUAAGUGGUAGCAGAGAUGGAACAGCCCGGAUCUGGAGAUUCGAGCAACCCGAAUGGAGGAGCAUUUUACUGGAUAUGGCUACUAGACUGUCAGACGACCAGUCAGAGGAGGAGAAAUUUAUGAAGCCCAAGGUAACAAUGAUCGCUUGGAAUCAAAAUGAUAGCCUCGUAGUCACAGCCGUGAAUGAUCACCUCCUUAAAGUGUGGAAUUCUCAUACUGGACAACUCCUUCACAACUUGGUGGGACAUGCAGAUGAAGUAUUUGUUUUGGAGACACAUCCUUUUGAUUCCAGAAUUAUGUUGUCUGCUGGGCAUGAUGGUAACAUCUUUAUAUGGGAUAUUACAAAAGGCACAAGAACAAAGCAUUAUUUUAAUAUGAUUGAAGGGCAAGGACACGGAGCUGUGUUUGAUUGUAAGUUUUCAUCGGAUGGACAGCAUUUUGCCUGUACAGAUUCUCAUGGGCAUCUACUGAUAUUUGGUUUUGGCUGCAAUAAACCUUAUGAAAAGAUUCCUGAUCAGAUGUUCUUCCACACUGACUACCGCCCAUUGAUUCGCGAUUCAAACAACUAUGUACUGGAUGAACAGACGCAGCAAGCACCUCAUCUUAUGCCCCCACCAUUCUUGGUGGAUGUAGAUGGAAACCCUCAUCCAACUAAGUACCAGAGACUAGUUCCAGGCCGAGAGAAUUCUGCAGAUGAACAUUUGAUCCCACAGCUAGGAUAUGUGGCCACAAGUGAUGGAGAAGUAGUUGAACAGAUCAUAAGCCAACAAACCAAUGAUCACGAGGAACAAAACCCAGAAGCCAGCAUUCUUGAUGGAAUGAUAAGACAGUUGCAGCAACAGCAGGACCAAAGAAUGGGAAUAGAUCAGGAAGCUGUUUCAAAUGGAAUUCCAAAUGAGGAAGGAACACCAAGAAGAGGAUUUAGAAGAUUGAGUUUAGAAAUUCAGUCCCCCCCAAACAUUGGCUUACGCCGCAGUGGGCAAGUUGAAGGAGUUCGCCAGAUGCAUCAGAAUGCUCCAAGAAGUCAAAUAGCUACAGAGCGUGACUUGCAAGCUUGGAAACGAAGAGUGGUUGUACCAGAAGUUCCGCCCAGCAUUUUCAGAAAUAUGGAAAACUUUAGAAUCGAAAAAGGUGAGGAGGAGAGAAAUCUUUACAUCAAAGAAAGGAAAAGGAAGCCUAGUCAACCAGCACCAAAGGCUGACUCUGAAGCUUCAGAGGCACGGUGCAAACAAAGAAUGAAAAGACGUAAAUACCCAAUUUAUGGAACACGGAAGAAUUUAGAGCCGCUUGAGUCAUCUUGUGAGGAGGAAGAUGAAUCUGUUAGCUUAAUAAAACCGGAGAGUUCAACGCCAGAUCAAAGUGAAGGUUCUUGCUCCUCAGAUGAGGAAGAAUGGAAAAGUGACCGAAAAAGUGAAAGCGAUAGUGAUAGUUCCAGUGACACUUCCAAUAGAUAUUCUGAUUGGACAGCUAAUGCAGGAAUUAAUCUUCAGCCUCCUUUACGGACUUCUCGGCGUAGAGCUAUUCGAUAUUGCAGUAGUUCAGAAGAUGAAGUAUCUGCUGCAAAGUCAUCUGCUCCAAAGAGAAGAAGGAAGCGGAGAAAAAAACGUAAACCUAAGAAGGAGAAUUUACAGAGACUGUCUACAGCAGAAUUGGCAAAUAUAGAAUUUUUAUAUGAAUUCCAUCCUCCUGUUUGGAUAACUGAUACUACACUUAGAAAAUCUCCAUUUGUUCCUCAAAUGGGUGAUGAGGUAAUAUAUUUUCGACAGGGCCAUGAAGCUUAUGUUGAGGCAGUCAAAAGAAACAAUAUAUAUGAACUGAACCCCAGUAAAGAACCAUGGAAAAAAAUGGAUCUUAGGGAUCAAGAACUGGUAAAGAUAGUUGGUUUGCGGUAUGAGGUUGGUCCCCCUACACUCUGUUGCCUCAAGCUCGCUUUUAUAGAUCCUGCAACUGGAAAAAUCAUGGACAAGUCCUUCUCUCUUAAAUACCAUGAUAUGCCAGAUGUUAUCGACUUUCUGGUGUUGCGUCAGUUUUAUGAUGAAGCACGACAGAGGAAUUGGCAAGCUCGUGACAGAUUUCGAUCCAUAAUUGAUGAUGCUUGGUGGUUUGGAACAGUAUUAAGUCAAGAGCCGUAUCAGCCCCAGUAUCCAGAUAGUCAUUUUCAGUGUUACAGUGUUAAAUGGGACAAUACCGAAGUAGAAAAACUGAGCCCAUGGGACAUGGAGCCAAUUCCUGAAAAUGUUGAUCCACCCGAAGAAUUGGGGGCUAGCAUUUCUGUGACUUCAGACGAACUUGAGAAGUUGCUAUAUAAACCCCAGAAGGGUGAAUGGGGGCAAAAAUCCCGCGAUGAAGAAUGUGAGCGAAUUAUUAAUGGUAUUGACCAACUUCUGAAUCUUGAUAUUGCAGCAGCCUUUGCGGGCCCCGUUGAUCUAUGCACCUAUCCCAAGUACUGUACAGUGGUAGCUUAUCCAACCGACCUUUACACAAUUCGGAUGAGACUCAUCAACCGAUUCUACAGGAGGAUCUCUGCAUUGGUUUGGGAAGUCAGGUAUAUAGAAAACAACGCCAGAACCUUUAACGAACCUGAGAGUGUGAUUGCUAGGUCAGCAAAGAAGAUCACGGACCAGCUUUUAAAGUAUAUUAACGAUCAAAACUGUACUAAUAUGUCUGAGCUGUGUUGUACUACGGAUGAUGAGCAAGAUUUCUUUUCUGCUGAUAAGGAUGACAGUGAUCGUCCCAGAACUUCUGGAAGAAAAGCUAAAGUUCAUCAUUGGAAGAAAAGCAACAGUAAUGUAGCUUCUAAAUAUGAGAAUAACUGGAAAAAGCAGUGUAAGGAACUCAUGAACUUAAUUUUCCAGUGUGAAGAUUCUGAGCCAUUUAGACAACCUGUUGAUUUGGUUGAGUAUCCCGACUAUCGAGACAUUAUAGAUACUCCAAUGGAUUUUGGAACAGUGAGAGAAACUCUAGAAGCUGGAAAUUACGACAGCCCAUUGGAGUUGUGCAAAGAUAUCCGUUUAAUAUUUAGCAAUGCAAAAGCUUAUACACCGAACAAAAGGUCAAAGAUAUACAGCAUGACCUUGAGGUUGUCUGCUCUAUUUGAGGAAAAAAUGAGGAGAAUCUCUUCUGAUUUUAGAAUUAGCCAAAAAUACCAAGAGCGACUCCGAAGAAGUCAGAGGUAUAAGAGGCGGCAGAAUUCUAACCAAGCCCACCAAUCUGAGAAACAGUUCAGACACGUGAAGCAGAAACAGUUAAAAUCUCAGGCCAGAGUCUUACCCGAAGUGGAAGAUUCUCCUCAACAGUCUACCUCAAGCAGGGCAACUUUUGUGACAAGCCAUAAAGUCAGUGUGGACAUCUCUGCCAACGCAACUUCUGGUGAAUCGUCAGAUUCGGCAGCAUCAUCUAGAAAGAUUGGACGGGCUAGACCUUUAACACUAGCAAAGCGUUCUCCAUUAUCUGAGAGUGAAAUGGAAGAUUCCUCAGCUUCCUCUUCCUCCUCUUCAGCUUCUUCAAGUAGUUCAGAGGAAAGUAGAGAGAGUUCUGUAGUGACUGAAUCCUCAUUACGCAACGGGAUCUUCAGAGGCAACAAUGACAACUUCAGGGUUACUAGAAAUAGAGCUGCUCAGAGAAAAGCAGGUUCUACCUCUCAAGAAAAUGGAUAUAUCCGGAAAGCUGUCAGGAAAAGGGUUUAUCUAAGCGACUCUGACAACAAUUCGACAGGGGCAGGUGACAAACUGAUAGCCCAAACCGGAUGUGCCCGCAAAAUCCCACGCAAGUGCGCGACUGCGGCUGCCAAUAAGAUCAAGCUGAUGAGUGAUGCGGAAGAGCGCUCAAGCUCGGAAAGUGUGUGCUCUGGAAGCCGAAACAGCAGGAAGCUGCCUCAUCGGAAUGCCUCCGCUGCAGCUAGAAAAAAGCUGUUGUACAACUCGGAGGAUGAGAAGAGUCUGAAGUCAGGAAGCGACAAAGAUGAAAAAGAACAAUCUACUAGUGGAAAUCACCCGUCCGAGACCUGUUCCUACGCUCGUGGGACAAGCGUUAGCGAGUCUGACAACGGCGGCUCGGAAUCAGAAGGUGACCUGAAAGUGGUCCGGAAGAACUGGCGCGCAAAUGGGCACAAGCUGUGCACUGCUGCAUCUUUUAAGGCAAAAUUUCCCUCAAUAGAAUCCUCUGAGGAAGAGUCAAAAAGCCAUAAUUCAGAGGAUGAGAGCAAAAGGCAGUCUUCUUGCCUGUCAACUUCUAUGCAAGAGCCUCCAGUAAGGAACAGGUCUGAGGAGGAAGGAGACUCAGGGCCAGGCAAGUGGAAUGGUAGAAAACCCAUGAGAACCACCUGUCGUAAGGUUGCCACACUCUCUAGAAAAGCAAAGGUCUUGAGCGAUUCAGAUGACUCAGCAGAGUCUGAAGAGGAAGAGAGUGGGACUGGAAGACAUUUGGUCAAAAGAGAAGCAUCUGCACAGGCGCCAAAGUGUUCAAAAUCUGGUUCUGACGCUGCCUCCGAGUGCACUUUGAAAUAUGUGUCUGAAACAGAUUUGGAUUCUGAUUCGAACUGUAAUAACACAAAACCAAAUAAGAGGAAAAAGAAGGUCGUAAAAGGCACUGCCUCUCAAGAAAAUGGACUCAUCAGAAAAACUGCCAGGAAAAGGGUUCAUGCAAGUGACUCAGACAGCAACUCAGAAGUGGUUAGCAGACCGUUAAGGCCCAAACGUGGUGGCUUGAGAAUCCCACGUAGGUGCGCUACCGUGGCUGCAAGUAAGAUUAAGUUGAUGAGCGAUGUGGAGGAAGAAGAAAACUCCAGCUCUGGAAACGUGGGCCCCAGGGGUAGGAAGGGCCGGAAACCGCUUCCUCGCGGGGCCGCCACGAUCCCGAAGAAGAUGAUACUGUAUGAUUCUGAGGGUGACACAAACUUUGAAGGUGAAAGUGAAAAAGAGCCGGUAGAACAGUCUGCCUCCCGAGAUCGGGCAUCCGAGGCUGGUUCAGAGGUCGAAAAGAAAAGCGUUCGUGAGUCUGAAAAUGAAGACUCAGACUCUGAAAGUCAUUUGAAAGGGACCCGACGGAAGAAUCGGCAUGCCAGCGGUCCCAAGUGUACUCCCGUGUCCUUUAAAGCCAAACACUUCUCCAUUGCGUCUUCUGAGGAAGAUUCCAAAAGCCAUGCCCCUGGAGACGAAAAUGAGAAUGGGGCUUCCUGCCCGGGCACUUCUGGGAAGAAACCUGCUGCAAAGAACAGCAAGGAGGAGGAGGGAGCGGUUCCUGGGCCAAGCAGGUGGCGAGGUAGAAGAAUCAAAAAGAUGGCUCGGCGGAAGGCGGCGGUGACUUUAAGAAAAGCCAAGGUUGCCGGCGAUCUGCCGGCCCCGGCCGAUUCUGAGAAAGGGGAGAGAGAGAAGAGACCUUCUGAAUCAGAAAGCGUGGAAGUGUCUGAAACAGCAGGGAGCUCCAAGUCUGGACCCGAUACUAGUCCCAAGGGCAUUUCAGUUGUGGAAUCAGCCACUGAUUCAGACACUAACUCUAGUGAUAACACGAAAGCAAAAAAGAGGAAAAUAAGAGGAAAAGCAAAAGUAGUUAGAAAAGAAUCUGGUGUUGAAGAAAAGGCAGUCCCUAGAAAAAUGAGGAAAAGAAAAUGUGUGCUGAACCAGGAGGCCAGUGUGCAAAUGACUAAUGAAAGAUUGAAAGCCAGAACGUUUACUGAGAAAGUUCCUCGAAGAUGUGCUACUAUCGCGGCAAAUAAAAUCAGAAAAAUGAGCGACGUGAAGGAAGAGAACUCGAGCCCAGAAAGCAUCUGCGUGAAAAGGAGUAGCCGAAAACUGCCCCAUCGCACUGCCUCUGCGGCAGCGAGGAGAAGACUCCUGACUAUCUCAGAGGAGAAUGACUCCGCCUUUAGAUACGACAGUGAACGAGAACAAGAGGACACUAAUAGGGAAAUGCAUUCUCUGUCUGCUUCCGAUCCUGGAAGCAAAAGAUGCAGUAGUGGCUCUGAGAGGGAAAGGUCUGACUCUAAAAGCGCUUUGAAGGGGACCCAGAAGAGUUGGCCCGCUAAUGGUCAGAAGUCACCGAGUGCUCAGGUGAAAGAGCCAGCGGCCAAAAACUACCCUUCAGAGGACGAAAGUGGGAAGAAAGCCCCCUGCCAGUCCACUUCGGCGCAAAAAUCUACCCUGGAAACCAAUUCUGGAGAGGACGAGUGUGGACCAGAGAUCUGGAGUGACAGGAAAACAAGGCGAAUGCCCCGACGGAAGGCUGCUACUCCUUCCAGGAGAAGAGCAAAAGCCUUGAAUAAAUGUUUGGACUCCACCAAUUUCAAAGACAGAAGGUAUUCCUGGCGCACGCGGAAGAAAGCUACCGCAAGGACUUCCAGCUCUCAGCCCGAGGCUAAGUGCUGUUCCCAGUUGGAAUCUGGAAAUAAUUCGGACACCAUCAAUAACUGUGGUAAUCCUGGAGGAAUAAGCAAGAGGAAAAGAAGGGCUCAAGCCGGUGUUGCGAAGAAGGCACUUAAGCCUACUCGGCGUUCUAGGCGAAAGAGACGGCCCAGAUUCAACCAGGACAAUAACCAUUGGGAGGAUCUGGACUAUAUCAAAUACAGAAGAGUUCCCCGACGAUCAAAAAUAAGAACUAGAAAUCAAGGUAGAAGGACUGUGAGGUACAAUGAUGGGGAUGAUGACGACAGAGGUCUAGAGGUAGUGUGUUGGAAGUAGAUGAUUUUGAAAACUAGUUAUUGAGCCAGUUAUGUACUUGACAGUAACGGCAUUGGAAUUUGUGCUGAAUGCUGGCUGCUUGAUCUGUCCUCCAAUUCAGGGAAUAUAUUUCUAUUUUUCUAUGAAAAAGUUAUGAGUGUGACUGAAUCAUAACUGUCCUUUUCUUGUUUCUACUUGCACUUGUGUCCCUCCCGGAGCAGCAGUUAGUGAGAUGUCAAGAUACGGCUCUUUGGGGGACAAGAUUUAGUCUUUGCUAAUUUGAAAUUUACAAAUCCGCUAACAUCGAACAGCAGACAUUAUUGCCAUGGGUGCUACAUUGAAUACUACCUAGGUCAUCCAUUUUUAGUGCUUUUAGGAAGUGAAUUCUAGUACAGUAAAUGUUACAAAACUUUAUUCAGCAGUAACUUAGAUGUGCACACAGCAGACAUCUUAUAUAAGGUAUUAAAAGGUGACUAGUGGUUGGCCAUUAAGAUCACUGGAAAAUAUCUAAGAUUAUGAAACCCAUUACUUGGCUUUCUCCAACCAAGAUUAAUUUAAGUAGCUAGCUGCUGGUGAUCGAGCUGAAAGAUGACGUGUACUAUUCUUAAAAAACAAAAACAAAAGACACCCAGUGGUUCAGGUUAGGUAUUUUGCUGUAAGGAAUUACUAUCAUCUCCAUUUUGAUUUAUAUCCUGGAAAUUCACAACAGAAAAUGCAGGCCCUACACUGUGGGACUUGGUUUUUUCACUUGAAAUCCAGUUCAGAAAUUUUGGGGUCAAUGCUUAUUUAAAAUGAAAAGUUACGACUUUCUUAGCCCUAGGAGGCCAACAUUCCAGAACGGUUUUUCAUUGUCGCUUCUUCCAAGAUCUCAUGUUUGAGGAUACGUUGCAUAACUAUCAGUGAGGAUGGUACAUUAAUUCUCAUCAACGCUCUUACAAAAUAAUCCCCCUCAAGGAGGAUUUAUGUUUGUUUUCACUCGGCAGAAUUCCACCUAAAAUGAAGGUAGGUGUGGAUUGGUGGCAUCCGAGAGAGAAAAAGAAUGAUCGAUAAACUCUUCCAAAAGUGCUAAUUUUUUGGCACUUGUAUUUGAAUUUUUUCAGUUUAUGGUUCUUUUUGUGGGAAGGGGUGAAAGAGUUUACCCUUUUUUGAACAAGAAUUAAUACGUUUUAGAUUGGAUGCAUCAGGAAUCUCAGGAAGAAAGUUACGUAUAUAUAUUUUUUUCUGCACUCAUCAGCCUCUCUCCCAAGUCUUCCCUCUGAUUUUAGUAUGUUACAGACUCUGAUUUGAACAGAUAUAUCAUUCAUGUCUUGAUUAAGUGCUGAGCCUUAAAUUGUCUGUCAACUUGAAUGCCUUAUAUAUUUCUGUUUAGUUGAAAGAUUAACAUGCUUAUAUUAGGCUUAUGUAAAUUUGUGCAAUGACUUGCUCCCCUAUGAGAUUUCUGUUGAAUUUAUCCUGACCUAAUAUAUAAAUCCCUAAUAAAAACACAUUUCCAAGAUAA